AUGGACUGGAGCUGCGUCAACCCUGUUCCCUCAGAGCUCUGUUUCCGCAAUAUUCUAACUUCUUCAGGCUACUUCCAGAUUGGGUACCGAUCGCUCCUUGGAGAUGUGAAUGUAUGGACGCCCGUGUUUCGUCUGCCCUCUAUAGUCAAGAAAGCCGAAGACUGGGUAUGGGAGUUGAUUCGAAUGGAGGACGAGAAAACGGAUUAUGCAGGACUUGCUCCUGUCAGAAAUCCCAUGAACUUCGUAGCUUGCUACGUUCACGACGGAGAGGGGAGUGAAUCAGUGAGGAAACAUCGCGAAACCAUCUAUGAAUACCUGUGGAUGAAAAAUGAGGGUAUGCUUUGCAAUGGCACCAACGGCGUUCAAGUCUGGGACACAGCAUUCAUUACGCAGGCCGUUGCUGUGGCCGGGUUUGCGAAUGUUCCAAAAUGGCGACACCUGUUGGCCAACACUCUUGAAUUUCUGGAUAAUCAUCAGCUUCUAGAAAAUGUACCUGAUCAAGAGAAAUGCUAUCAUCAGCAUAGAAAAGGAGCUUGGCACUACAGCGAUAAACUUCAGGGUUAUACUGUGAGCGAUAAUCGAUUGCACGGCAGAGGACUUCCAUCGACUUUGCAGCUUCAAGAGAUCUAUGGAUAUACCAAGAUGAUCUCUGCAGAUCGAUUGAAAGGCUCUGUUGAUUGUCUCCUUUUGAUGCAGAAUGAGACUGAUGGCUUUAGUGAAUAUGAGAAGGUAUUUGGAGGAAUCAUGAUCAGCUACGAUCACGUUAAAUGCACAACUGCCUCCAUCACCGCGUUAUCUCUUUUCAGCAGAUUCUAUUCGGACUAUCGAGUCGAAGAGAUCAAAACCGCAAAGCACAAAGCAGUGGAAUAUGUGUCCAGAAGAGAGAUGGAAGCUGGUACGGAGGGUGGGGUAUCUGCUUCACCUAUGUAGCCAUGUUUGUGCUCGAAAGUCUGUCAAGUAUUCACGAGCGAAUACUCCUGUCGUGGAUGCAAUUUCUUACUGAGCAAACAAAAUGAAGAUGGUGGUUGGGGAGAGUCAUACCUCAGCAGUGAAAAACAUGUCUACAUUCAGCACGAGAUGUCUCAGUCAGUCCAAACAGCUUGGGUAUGCCUUGGCUCUGAUGGAAGCUGAUUA